AUGCACAAUGCGACGAUUGACGAAGAACUUGCCAACGACCGUUGGUAUGCCUUGAAGCAAGAGGAAGUUAAGGUCUUGGUCGAAGAAUUGUGCGACAAGCUCACGAGUGCGAUGCAGAAGUAUUCGUCCGUCGACCAACGCUUCCAGGAUCUGAUUGAUGCAGCAAAAAUCGCAAGAAAACUACCUGACAUCAGGCAUUACAGUGUGGCAAUACUUGGCGAGCAAGGCAUUGGCAAGAGCUCCAUCAUCAACGCACUACUCGAUCGAGGCCUUCUGGAUCGAUCAGCUUAUGCAACGGUACUUGAGUAUAAGCCCGGAGCUACCGACCACACCACUCUGAGCGAUCUUCUAGUUGUGUUUUUCACCAAAGAGGAGAUCAGAGAUUCUAUCAAGGAACAAAUGAAUCACUGGGUCGAGGUCUACCCUGGCGUUGAGCAUAAUGGUCAGCCCCUCCGAGGCGAAGACGAAGACGAUCCUGACGACAAUAAUGCUACUCAUACGCCACGUAAAAGGUUGUCCAAGACGAUGUCGCGUGCGAUCACUACUGCCAAGGAAUUUUUCGAGAUCAUCUUCAAUGUGCAGAAAGAUAAGCUGGCAGGUGUCGAGCUUGAGAGGGAACUCUAUCACACGAACAUCAAAGAGGGAAACUUCUUGAACGAGUGUUGCAAACGAGCCAAUGAUCGAUUCGCCCAGCUUGCCACAGAGAUGAGCGAGGUGGACCUUGAAACUCGGACCGCACAUUUCAAGAACGUUCCUGACAACAGGCUUGGGAGAAAAACCAGCAAGAUCAAGGAGCUGUGGCCGUUCGUGAAGGUUGAACUCAUCAACGAAGACAACAUGGGCACACAGAUUCGACAGAUCAACGAACACCCAUUCCCAGCUCUGAACGCACGAUUAGAGACCAUUGACAGUCUCUAUGAAGAGGGGGAUGCCGAUGAUUACGUCAUUUCCGACAUGCUAGAUGAGUUACUGAGAGAAGCCACGGUUGCGUACAUAAAGUAUGAGACGGCCAAUGUGCAGAGACAAAUGCAGCCUAAGGGAAUCAAGGUUUUCUCGGUAUCCGCACUCGCCUACACCUCAUCGAGAAGUCGCAUUCAGAGAGACACUCCGAUUCUUGACGAUACUACGGCCGGUAUCUACGCGUUGAGACACUUCCUCGCUACGUUAUCGGCAACCACCAACUACCAGAAUUUCUACCAACAUGUCCACGAAACGAUACCAUCAUUCCGAAGACAAGCUGAAAGACCUUUGGAGAAGCACAUAGAAGACAAAAGUUAUGCUAAGAUGCGACGCGACUUGAAGACUCGGAUCCAACCACUUCGGAACAACUUGAAGAAUAUAGCUGACAGUCCUCUGCAGUCUCUGGUAGGAAAACCUUGGUCUCAAAAUGAGGAACAGAGUAUCAUAAGUGGCAUACAGCAGCUGGUGCAGAACUCAUGGGUCCAUCCCUUGAUCUACUACCCGGGCUUUGCGAAGAUGCUCGCGGAGAACGGCAAACCGGUCUCCGGAAAAUACAAGGGCUACAACAUGAACUACGAGCUCCUUGGUACCAUGAAAAGGUUUCUGGACAAUUGGUACAACAACUUGGACGCCAGCACCGUGGAAUUCGCUAUGAGUCUGUAUACGGUGCUUCAGAAACUGUUGCAGGAAACUCGAUUGGCCAUCACGCAGUCAUCCGCACACCCGGCUCUGAAGCUAAAAGCCACUGAAGAGUUGGCCCUGGUAGAACGACGCAUCCAGGCGGCAUAUGACAUGUUGCUCGCUAGUCUUCGCGUCUCGCUUGGAGAAACUCAUCUGCGAUUCACCACAGAGAUCGACAUCUACUGUCCGAUAGCAACUGCGAUGAAGGCCUCCUACGACCGAGUUUCAGAUCGGAACAUGGUCGGCGCCGGCCCAGGAAUCUACAACCGACAACGACAAGCACUGCAGAACUCGAUCAUCGGCAACCCAACCCAUGGAAACUACGGCUAUGGUCCACCUGGUGAGGCGUUGCGUCCGCUCCUCAAGAAUAUUGAAGAUAAGAUCCAGACCCAACAGAGAGAUGCGUGGAAGACCGAUUGCGAGGCUUUCGUCACCAGCGCUGUUGAGCUUGUUGAGGGAUUUUCAAAUACCGCUGAGCAGCUUCUCAUGAACUCCUCGUAUGUGACCGAAGAACACAAACAGGCACGUGGCGAGCUGAGGAAGCUGCUCAAUGACUUCGAUAUCAGCCUUGAAGAUGUUCAGAGUCGAUUUGUCGGCGGAGAAGAGGAGCAUACUGAGAAGAAGAUCAAGCGCGAGGAGACGGAAGAUGAGGCACCGGUCGCACCAUCUGCUCUCGAUCCGCUGAUCCCUUCAGUACCGAUCUCGCAGAAUGAAGGUUGGAGUCAGUUCCGCGAGUGGUUCGGUGGCGGUCGCCCUGGACAGUGA